CAAAAAAAAAAAAAGCAGUCAGUAAUGCUCAAAACUAACAAAAAAAAAAUGGAACUCAGCUUCCCCUCAUUUACUCUAGGCCCUGUUUUUAUAAAGGUAUAUUUUUUUUUUCUACAAAGAGAAGAUCAUGUUUUCACGUACAACAUUAAGAUCAACAUCACGAUGUAUUUCACUAACCAGUAACCAAAUUAGAAACUAUGCUUCCAAAAAUAAAUUCAAGGUGAAAGAGAAUCCUGAUGCAGUUAAAUUAUCCGAUGCUGUCAACAUUUUAAAAGCCAUAGAAGUUGGUAACCCUAGUCAUCAAAUCGAAGCUCACAUUCAAUGUAAAAUCGAAAAGUCAACACCUCUAAUUCGAGGCUCGCUCGUUUUACCAAAAAGUAUUAAACAAGAAGCAACAAUUCUUGUAUUUGCAACAGGGAAAAAAGCAGAAGAAGCCAAAGCAGCAGGUGCUCAAUAUGUAGGUGGUGACGAAAUGAUUGAAAAAGUACAGGCUGGUGAACUCAAGUUCGAUAAAUGUAUUGCUACACCUCAAAUGUUCCCUUCUGUCACUAAAAUUGCUCGUAUUUUGGGUCCAAAGGGCUUAAUGCCUACUGUUAAAAAGGGCACUGUUACGGAUGAUAUCUUAGGAACGGUUCGUAAAUCAAAGAGUUCAUUUGAUUUUAAAGCAGAUAAGCAGGGUGUUUUGCAUACUGGUAUUGGUCGAAUAAACUUUGAAAACAAUGAGAUUGAAGCAAACCUCAAAGCUAUUCUUGAAGAAUUGAGAGUAUUUGGAAAAGCUAAUAAUUUAAAAGCAAUUAUUCAAAACGUCGUGCUCUCCUCUACUCGUGGUCCCGGUAUUGUUGUUUCCAAUGGACAAGCACUUUAAGUAUACAAUUAUUUAACAUGUCAAGCUUAUAUAGAUAAUAAAAAAAAAUGAUAUACGUAAAUUUGUAAUUAUAAAAC